CCACCGCGGAACUGACCGCACCGUCGACCAGGAUGUUCGAUAUGAAUUAUUGUGCACAUCUUCUUAUGCCUCCAAGGUCUUCCAGCCUUGUUCUUCGAGCAAAUCGCCCUCCUUAGCCUUCAGCCUCUUUGGAAACUGCACGAUGAAGACCCAAGCGCCUCCAACGCUCUCUGAGAGCUACAGCGGUGUACCUUCUCGCCUUGCCGCAAUUGCGCAGGAAGCGAAGGACCGCCUCUACUCACACAAAACCGUCCCAGAAAGCGUCCCCCGCCAGCACAAUGUCCGCCUCCCUCCCGACACGUCGCGCGAAACCUUCGACGAGGCCGUUGCUUCCCUGCGGCAAGCAUUGGGCCACGAGAACGUCGUCCUGAACGAUAAGCCGCUUGUCGAUGGCUGGUACCUCGAGCACCCCAAUACCCACGAUGCCUUCCACGUCGUCGACCAGGAGGAGCUCGUCUGCAGCGCCAUCGCAUACCCGGCCUCGACCACCGAAGUGCAAGCCAUUGUCAAGUGGGCGAACAAUUAUGGCAUACCGAUAUACCCCAUCUCGAUGGGCAGAAAUGUGGGCUAUGGCGGGAGCGCGCCUCGGGUGCCUGGCUCUGUCGUAGUGGAUCUUGGGAAGCGCAUGAACAAGAUCCUGAAGACUGACGCCGACAACGCUUCGUGCGUGGUGGAACCUGGCGUGUCCUACUUUGCGCUAUACGAGGAGAUCCAGAGGAGGAAGCUUCCUUUCUGGAUAGACUGCCCAGAUCUAGGAGGCGGCAGCGUGCUGGGCAAUGCCGUCGAUCGCGGCGUCGGAUACACACCCAUGGGCGACCACUUCGCAAACCACUGUGGCAUGGAGAUUGUCCUCCCCAAUGGCGAGCUGCUGCGGACAGGCAUGGGAGCGCUGCCUGGAAAGAAUGGAGCGGACAACCCGACAUGGCAGUCGUUCCAGCCCGCAUACGGCCCUUAUUCGGACGGCAUCUUCUCGCAGAGCAACUUCGGCAUCGUGUGCCAGAUGGGCUUCUGGCUCAUGCAUGAGACGGGCCAUCAAUCGUACAUGCUCACCUUUCCCCGCGACGAAGACUUUACCGACAUCGUAGAAGCUAUUCGACCGCUGGCGCAAAAGGGUCUCCUCGGCAACAUCCCCCAGCUGCGGCACGUUGCUCAAGAGCUCAACGUAACCGGCUUGCCUAAAUCGCAUUGGUACUCUGGCCCUGAUCCUAUACCACGCGAUGUCAUUCGUAAGCAGGCAGCGCAAUUGCCCUGUGGUGACUGUUCGUGGGUCUUCUACGGUACACAGUACGGCGAUGCGGCAUCUAUCAAGACCCAGCUUGAUAUCAUCAAGUCCGCCUUCUCAAAAAUCAAGGGCAGCAAAUUCUACUUACCGAACGAUGUGCCACCGGACCAUUACCUUCACUCGCGUGCCCUAGUAUGUUCAGGUGUCCCAGUGCUCCGUGAGCUCGACUGGCUGAACUGGAAACCCAACGCUGCGCACCUCUUCUUCUCUCCCAUUACGCCGACGCGUGGCGAAGAUGCACAGAUCGUGCACAACAUCAACGUCCGCUUACACAAGAAGUACGGCUUCGAUCUCUUUCCCACGCUCUGCGUCGCCGGUCGCGAAAUGCAUUACAUCACGAACAUCAUCUAUGACCGCUCAUCAGAUGACGAGAAGCGGAGAGCUGCGGCCUUGAUGCGGGAGUUGAUUGCUGAAGCGGCGAGCGAAGGAUACGGAGAGUACCGAACGCACUUGCUCUUCGCGGACCAGGUGGCGCGGACGUAUAGCUGGAACAACAACGCUCUCAUGCGGUUUAACGAGACGAUCAAGGAUGCACUAGAUCCUAAUGGCAUUCUCGCGCCCGGCAGGAACGGCAUAUGGCCCAAGAAGUACCGCGGCAAAGGCUGGGAGUUGCUUGGAGACAGCGUGGAGAAGGCAGUUGGCGGUCGAACCAUCUCACCGGACAAAGUCCCGUCGAAGCUAUAGAGGGCAUACGACUCAGCGAAGGUUAGGUAAAUUUUCUUCCAGUCUUGUACGCAAG